AUGGAGAGUGCAGAGAGAACCACAGAGACCCCAACACUGAGGGAGGAGAAGAAGGCACCCCAGGUGGGGGGGUCCUGGGAAGAAGACCCGGCUGUGCUGGACUGGAAACUGCCCCAAGACAAGAAGGGUGGAGAUGGGCAGCAGGAACGGAAAUGGCAGAUGGGGGACAUAGAGGAGACCCUUCCACAGCCCAUCAUCUACCACGAGAUCCUGUGGAGGGAUUGGCAGGAUUUGUACAAUCCGGAUUUGGUUGCACUUGGUGAGAAGCAGUUUGAUUUCACCGUCCUGUCCUACAAUAUUCUGUCUCAGGACCUGAUCGAGCAGAACUCCCACCUGUACCAGCACUGUCCCCCCUCUAUCCUGCACUGGGACUACCGCUGGCCCAACUUGCUCCAGGAGCUGCAGCACUGGGAGGCCGAUAUUCUGUGUCUCCAGGAGGUUCAGGAAAAUCACUACAAAGAUCAGAUCCAGCCCAGCCUUAGUGCUCUGGGGUAUAGCUGUCACUACAAGCGGCGGACAGGUCGGAAAACCGAUGGUUGCGCCAUUUGCUUCAAGACUCAGCGCUUCACUCUGCUCCUGGAAAGCCAUGUGGAGUUUUUCCGGCCAGCUGUUGAUGUCCUGAAUCGUGACAAUGUGGGACUGGUGCUGCUACUGCGGCCAGUGCUCUCUGAGGAGGCAUCGGAGGGGCUCAGCCCCCCCAGCCUGUGCGUAGCCAACACUCACCUCCUUUACAACCCCCGCCGAGGGGACAUAAAGCUGGCACAGUUGGCGCUCCUCCUGGCAGAGGUGGAUAAGUUAUCCAGUACCACUGAAGGUCAGCGAUGCCCGAUAAUCCUGUGCGGAGAUCUAAAUGCAACGCCCAAUUCUCCCCUCUACCAGCUGCUGCACAACGGUGUCCUAAACUGUCGUGGUCUACCAGCGUGGAAGGUGUCCGGUCAGGAUCAGUACUGCGGAGUUCCACAUUCCCGGAUUUUGCCUUUCCCGCUGUGGCCGGAUAUUUUGGGUGUCAAUGACCGCUGUCAAUACACUGCCAUGAGGCCACCAAAGGUCAAAGAUAGGAAGAUAUACACCCGCCAGCGCAUCUUGGAGUUUCGGUAUUGUGAGUGUGCCCUUCAGCGUCCUCAAAACCUUGUGCUGAUCAAGGGGGUGACAGACAAUAAGCCAGAUCCACAGGCAUCUGCGGCCCAGGCAGGGAUCUUCCCAGACCCACCGGAUUCACUGCUCAGGACCCCCCAUUUAUUGCAGCAUCACCUUCAGCUAACCUCCGCUUACACCCACUUCCUGCCCGCUAAAGACCGUCAUGAGGUCACGACGUUCCCGCUGGGAAUCGGCAGCACGGUGGACUACAUCUUUUAUUCUGCGGAGCCAGUUCCAAUAUGUAACACCAACCAGGGUCUGCGCUUCUUCCAGGACAGCAAGCUGAAGCUGUUGGGGCGUCUGUGUCUGCUGACAGAGGACGAUCUGUGGGCGGCGCAGGGACUUCCUAACCCCUUCUGCUGCUCCGACCAUCUCUGCCUUCUUGCCCGCUUCAGCUUGGACCUCUCCACCCCAUAA